AUGUCUGUGAUAGAUGCUGCGGUAACAGCUGUGGGGGACGGCUCCGGAAGUUACUCCAAUGAAACCAGCGAAGUCGGUUCAUUGUCCCAUUCAGAAGCGUCGAGCGGAACCAGACACGGCGCUCACGAGCAUUCUUUCGGACAGGAUAUCAAUGAUGGACGGAUAGUAGGGGAACGUGCGUCGAAUGAAUUGCACCCGCCAGCCCCUCCCCGUCGACGACUCUCAUUUGUUGAAGAUAGUGAGUCCAGCGCGGCGGGUGAUGCGGACUCAUAUAAGGAUACACCAGACAACCAAAAGCCAGUAUCAUGGUUAUCUCUACCGAAGAAAUCACAACUUGCUAUCCUGACCAUCGCUCGGUUGUCUGAGCCGUUAACCCAAACAUCCCUACAGGCGUAUAUAUUUUACCAACUUAAGUUUUUUGACCCAUCUUUGCCUGACUCUUCUAUAUCUUCCCGGGCGGGUCUUUUGCAGGGCUGCUUCACUACUGCAGAAUUUGCCACUGCGAUGAUAUGGGGCCGAAUUGCAGAUUCUCACUUCAUGGGCAGGAAACGAGUGCUCUUGAUAGGGCUUUUUGGAACAUCCCUGACUUGCGUGGGGUUUGGAUUUUCAAAGUCGUUCGUUGUGGCUGCUAUUUUUCGCACCAUGGGGGGCGCGUUGAAUAGCAAUGUAGGUGUUAUGCGAACUAUGAUUGCAGAACUUAUUGAGGAGAAAAAAUAUCAGUCUCAAGCCUUCUUGCUCCAGCCAAUGUGCUUCAAUAUUGGAGUUAUACUGGGACCUAUAUUGGGCGGUAUUCUAGCUGACCCCGUGCGAAACUAUCCUGGUGUAUUUGGCCCAGGUUCACUGUUGGGAGGCGAAGACGGUGUCUGGUGGAUGAAAGAAUGGCCGUACGCGUUGCCAAAUCUUGUAAGCGCAAUGAUUAUCCUCGCUUCUACCGUAGCAGUUUUCUUUGGGUUAGACGAGACCCAUGAAACAGCAAAGUAUCGCAGCAACUGGGGACGAGAAGCAGGUAAAGCAAUUUGGCGGUUCUUCAAAUGUGGCCGUUCCCAACACAGCUAUCAACCACUCAACGGAAUCUAUGAUGGCCAGACCGCAGCAGACUCCAUCGACAUGGAGUGUGGCGUUCGAAGAUCUAUCCCGACCACACCCAAUACAAUUCGAAUUCCACGGAGAAAACGCAUGCCCUUUCGCCAAAUAUGGACAAAAAAUGUCGUCUUAACCAUCUUAACUCAUUUUGCCCUGUCCCUGCACCUCAGCGUCUUUAACGCCCUGUUAUUUGUCUUUUUGCCUACCCCACGUGCACCUGAAGGAAGUCGUCGCGGAUUUUUCCAUUUUGGAGGGGGUCUCGGCAUGCCCAGCUCCAAAGUCGGCUUUGCGACAGCCACCAUAGGUAUCGUCGGUCUACCGCUACAAAUCUUCGUCUACCCGCGCGUCCACUUUCGUUUGGAGACUCUGAACUUGCUCCGCGCAUUCGUUCCGUUCUCCCCUCUGGCGUACGUCCUCGUUCCGUUCCUAACGCUCGUGCCGAAUCGUGCGUACCUCGUCUGGCCCGCGUUGGUCGCGGUAUUUUCUCUCCAGGUCAUUUCGAGGACUUUUUCUCUCCCUGCGGCUGUUAUUUUGGUUAAUAAUUCCAUUCCGGACCCAAGCGUGUUGGGCACCGUCCACGGCGUUGCGCAGAGCGCGGUUAGCGCCGCGAGGACGUUAGGCCCAGUCAUUGGUGGUUGGGGAUUGGGACUGGGUUUUAAGCACAAUAUUGUCGGAGCGGUAUGGUGGGCACUUGCAGGAGCUGCAUUGUUUGGCUGGGGCCUUACAUGGACCAUUUUCGAGGGGAAUGACUUUGUGAAAAGGGUCGAUCAAAGCCAUGAGAGAGCGUCUGAGGGUCAACCCAAUCGUUGA